UGUGGUCCUCUUCAUAUUCUUGCUCACUUUCUCACUAUCCUCAACUCAAGUUUCAUUUUCUUUAUUUUCUCCCACUUGUCCAUACACCUUUAUCCUAAUUUCUUGUUUCUAGAGAAAUGGAAACAAGCAAAGCAGAAGGAAAGAGGAUUGCAAAGGUAGCCAUGUUGGCAGAGGAAGAGGAAGGUGGGAAAGAUGAAGACGUUAAAAAUAAGAAGAGAGCAUCGACUCUUACCUCAAUAAGGGUGUCAAGUGCUGGAGGAUCCACACAGCCUUAUUGUCAGGUACAAGACUGUCCUGUGGAUAUGACCGGUGCCAAGCCAUACCAUCGCCGGCACAAAGUCUGUGAGUUUCACGCCAAGGCACCUGAAAUUCUUGUUGCUGGGCUUCAACAACGUUUCUGCCAGCAGUGCAGCAGGUUUCAUGAAGUAUCAGAAUUUGAUGGGGCUAAAAGAAGUUGCCGCGGGCGCUUGGCGAAGCACAACGAGCGACGCCGCAAAGGCUCGAAUGAUUCUCUUUGAGAAAGGGCACGUUGAGAUGAUAUAAAAUUAAUCACCAAGAAAUGGUGAAAUUAAGGGAAUUCUCAUAGAAACGCAUAUGGAAUGCUCUCUCUCUUCUGUCAAUUGCUGGAUUUUUCACAUCAACUGUUGCAGUUUAUCGAUCAAUCAAUAAAGGGCGCUUUUGGAGUUAA